AAAUCGAAAGCACGUGAAACCAAAGUUGUCACAACUUAGAGCCAGAUCAUUUCGAGAAGCCGAACUAGCCGACGACACAGUUUGAAACUAGAUGCUGAACAUCGGACGACCGUUACUCACGAUAUCCGCUCGCUGCAACUGGUGCGGACCGUCUAGCUGGGUAGAUAGCGAGUGAUGUUUGAGCUGACCACUGCUGCCAAGCUCACCCUAGUGCUUGCUAUCCCCACCACGUUCGUGCUUCUGUACUGGCUAUUUCGACAAGACGAAGAUGACGACAACUAUAACUCCAAUAACCGCGUCACCACGUCGAGACAAACCAUCAUCACAGUCAAGGUUCCCAAGAGAUGUGUUGGGACUGUCAUAGGCAGACAAGGAUCCAACAUUAAAAAGAUACAAGAGAAGAGUGGCGCCCGAGUUCACUUUCAGGAGGAAAACGUUCUCAGUCCUCAGGAGGCGGAGGAGAGGACGGUCACCAUCCGUGGCAGCUCAGACUCCGCCCAGGAGGCAGAGCUUAUGAUUCGACAGAUCAUAGCAGACAUGGCCGACCCAUUCACUGAGCAGAUCACAGUCCCUGGAUACACCCUGGGGCGGAUCAUAGUGUCGGCCAUCGAACAUCCUGGUCACUUCUGGGUCCAGAUUCUCAGCGAGAAGGCCGAACAGCUCGAAAAGUUGACCGACAGUCUGACUGCAUUCUACAGGACACAGGAGGCAACAGAGAACUUCCCGAUGCCUGCUGCUGCGGUGGGCGAUGUUGUGGCCGCCCCGUUCGAGCAGGACGACGAGUGGUAUCGUGCGCGAGUCACGGAUGUGGGUGACGAGAAGGUCGACCUCUUCUACGUGGACUACGGAGACAGUUGUUGGAUCAGCAGAAACAUGCUCAGACAAAUCAGGCCUGAUUUCCUUAGUUUGCCUUUCCAAGCUGUUGAAUGUAAACUGUCCAAUAUUAAACCAAAAGGUGAAGAAUGGAGUGAUGAAGCCAUAGAAGUUUUCGAAGAUCUGACACACUGUGCCCAGUGGAAGGUUUUGAUAUCAAAAACUGUCCAUUAUGAAACCAAAGGGGAAGACAUGGUCCCCUGCCUCAGACUCUACGACACCAAUGGACCCGAGGAUGUAGAUAUCAGUUUAGAAUUGAUCAAACGCGGGUUUGCUGAAGAAGUGUUAGAGGGGGGACAGAUGAAGAGUUCUGCAUCACCUGAGAGAGACAUUGACAAGGAUGUGGAGGAGGAUGCCUUCUUACGCCCCCCAUCUCCAGAAGAACCCCAAGUGACUGUCCCCCCUGCAGACGAGGCUUGGACCUACCAGUACCCAUGUGCCUGGGCAUUCAACGAAGACGAUGCCAUGUACGGACCGAACCAAUACUACGACCAAUGGCAUACAGAGAGACCCAGCUUCAACCCUCAGAAGUCUCCUCAAGGGGAGACAACUCUUAUGGAAGGAGAGACCACUCUAGUUGGAGCUGACGAAUCCAGUUUCCACGUGUUACACGAAACUGGAGAUAUUUCUGCACAGGUUGUGAAAAGUGACACGUCCAGUGACACGGACAACGCGUCACAGAUGUUGCAGUUCAGAGAGGAAGAGGACACGGGUGAAACAAAGGAAGACUUUGAGUUUAAUAUCACUCAGUGCAUCCUCGACAACGAAGCGUUCAGAGAAAAAUCUGAAACUGUUGAUUACAGCGAAAUCGAGAUUCUCGACAACAGAGACGUAACCAGUCAAACCCAAACACAAGACCUAUUGAAAAUCAUCGACAACGAAGAAAACGUCACACAGAGACUUUCUGCGGAGAAAAGUGAUAUCAUGAACACCAGUCUCCUGUCAGAUUUGGACGUCAGUGAUGACACUGGACUCAAUAUGUCGGUGUCGGAAGUAUCUGACGCUGAGCUGACCGAGCAUGACGUGGCCCAGUGCAUGAGCAUCUCGGACAUGACGAGCUCACAGUCUUCGGCCAGCACUCUGUCGGGAGGCGACGCCACGGACAUCCUCUCAGACAGCAUCUACGACAACCUCGAGGAUAUGGUGCUGCCAGAAGCUCCCUUGGUGCUACAGGACAGGAGCACGCCCAUCAACAUUGCUGGGGAGUUCAGGAACAUUAUAGGCGAGAUAAAGAACUUGACAAAAGACAUCAGUCAUGGUACAGAUCCUGACAGUGGGCUGGACAGAACUAUGGAUGAUUCAGCCUGGGAAGUUAUUGAUGAGAGUAGUUCAUUGGAGGAUCACAGUCAGGUCCACAGCCCACUGGAAGAACACAGUCGUAGUCACAGUCCAUUUGAAGAAUACAGUGAGAGUCAAAUCCCAUUGCAAGAAUACGGAGAGAGACACAGCCCAUUGGAGGAAUGCAGUAGGAGUAUCUCAGGCAGUGAUUCUUUUGAAGAAAUGGAGCGACUUGUUUGUGAAAUUGAAGAUUCUGAAGAUACACCUCACCAGGAUCUUCCUUCUGGGAUGGUGGACGGUUCCAGGCAUGCAGAUGACGAUGGUUUAUGUGAGAUAACUUACGAAGAAACAUACUAUGAAAAACAUGUUCAUUUCAAGGAUGUUUCUGGUGGAAAUGUCCUUCCAGAAAAAGUCCUCAGUUCAGAACAAGAGACUAGUUCCAGAGAGGUGGAUACCUUUCACGCUGACCAGAGUCUUUCACAUUUUUCAUCCAUGGGAGAUGGGACCAGUGAUACGUAUCCAUCUGACAGUGGAGUCUACUCUGACACUUUCAGUCACGAGUAUCCGUCAGAAAAUUCCACGGGUAGAUUUGUUGAUGAAACCAAAGUGCUUUCACAUACAGAGGGACCUUCUUCAUUUCCACAACCUUUCCCAGACCUUGACACAGAGGCUGUAUAUAGCGAUAUGUCCAUGACAGGACAGCCAACCAUUAUUGUGUCCGAGUAUACGACGCCAGACACAACUCCACAGGAAGAGACUAAACUCCUUUUGUUUGAUGCGUAUUCUGCCUGUGUUUUAGAGGAACGUGUUGAUUCCCAGAAAGAGGAUGAAGAGUCAAUAUACAGAAGUGUAGAUUCUGAAAACCUUGAUUACUAUUCCACAGUAAAAGAUGCAGAUGCUGGUUCAAGUGAUGGUUCGCCAGUGACUGGCUAUGACCAGCUGGCAGGUGUUACAUCAUCCUAUGACAUAAAUGCUAACCAGUCCGAGAGUGUUACUUCAGAAACCAAAGAUGUUUUCCAGUCAACUUAUGAUACCGUGAUACAGACAGAUACUAAAACCCAGUCAACUGAAGAUGACUUAGAACAAUCAAAUAUUCUUAUCCAAACAACUGAUGAUUUGUCUGAAAAAUCAUCUGUUGAGACCUUUGAGAACAUUCCUGCAGCUGAUUAUGAAUCGAGUUAUCAAGCUGAAGAGGAUACUAGAUUACCUCUAGAUACUGAAGAUACGGGUGAAAAUGUCUAUUCCAGAGAUGAAAGUGUUUUAUCAGCUGCCAUGAUUGCACAAUCCGAACCGAAAGACUAUCCUGUAAUAUUUAAGGAUACUGAUCUGUCAGUUGGGUCAGCUGUAGAUGACAUUGAUUCAACAGUCAAUGAUUCUAAACAAAUGUUGAAUGAAAGAAUGGUACAAGAGACAGACUUAUCACCAGAUGAAAACAUGGUAUCCUCAGCUGUCACGUUUCAUGACACUGAUAUGUUAGUAGAGUCUGCAGCAGACAAAGUUGAUUCAACAGUCACUGAUUCUCAACAGACAGACUUACCACUGGAUCAAAGCAUUGCGUCUUCAGUUUCUGACCAUGAAAAUCUGGAGGAGCUUUCUGAAGACUUCACUACAGACUCUCGCUUCAUCAUGGGAGCAGUAAGUCCACCAUCCUCUGACCACGAAGCAUUACUUACUCCAGCUGAACAUUUUGACUUAAUCUCCAAUGGUGAAAGUGUGAUUCAUCUUGAAAAUUAUGACGAAUAUGGCAUGAAGGAGAAACAGUUCAUGGUUGGGUUUGACUCUUUCAGUUCUGAGGCAUCAGAAGGAACCCUUCUGUCACCAGCUGAAGAAGUAAGUGAUGUCUUUGAAGUACCUUCAGUACUGACUGCUGGUGAUCAGUUCACCGAGGAUGAGGAGCUUCUCAAUCAGUUAGAUACAGAAACUGAACAAGGACCAGAUUUGAAAUGUGUGAGUGAUGAACCAGCUGAAGGUAUGGUGUCUCAAAGUUAUGUUCAAAUAGACACAUUUUCGGAGAUAGUUGAUGAAUUUGAGGAUGUCUCCGGUGAUUCCAUAACAACAGAAUCAGACACCUCAUCCAGCAUGGUUACAGUUGUUGAUGCUAAGCUAGCUGAACAGAAUGGUUCAGAAUGCGGCUCCAUGGAUGAUGUGGAAUCAGUAAAAAGAGAUUCAACCUCUUCAUUUCCUCAGGACUACGUUCCCGUCUCGGAAAAUGUUUCUACAAGUGAAGUGGCAUCGCAUCGAGAACUGUUGACGUCAGCAGUUCCCAAACGUGAAACUGAAGAAUCUUUCUCUGAUGUAGUAACACACAAGGACGAGGGUAGAGUUCAAGAGACAUUUGAAAGUGAUCAAAGUUUGUGUGAAUCAACAACCCCUGAUUCAAUACUAGAAUCAAUUGACAUGGCUCCAGUUCAAGGCGAUUUUUACAGUCUGGGUCUGUCAUCACAUGUUCUUUCUGAUGAAGAAUCAGCCCCAGAUACAUUCUGUAUCGAGGAGAAUGACAAAUUGGUUACAACAGAUCACGAUUCAAACAUCAGUGUUUUUUAUGAGUGUGCACCAGAAACAUUCCCUACAAAACAGACCAUGGAUGAUUCACAAGAGCAGAUUGCCACUUCUCCAACAGAAGAAUCAGCUCCUAUGACCUUUACGACCGAGAGAACAUUAUCUGCUUCUAAGAUUGAAGCAGCUGGUGAUGAUGAUAUCAGUGAAGGAGUUUCACAAGGACAGAUAACUGUGGGAACAGAGUUCAAUGACAUUCUGCCUGUUGAAGAAGAGGAGUCUCCAGGUACAGAAAGCUCGGAACUGGUCAGUGAAGGAGGACAGUUUUCAGACGCAGUGUCUCUUACUGGAAGUAAUGGAGUAACUGACGUCACGCCGAGUCAUAUCGUACCAUAUACAGAACAUCCAUCUCUUGACAAUCUGGAAGAAAAUGUUCUAGUAAAUGUUGACGAUGGAGGUGAGAUAGAAGCUAUUGAAAAUGCAGCAUCUAAAAUCAGAGCUGGACAGUUGAUUACAGAGGAUACUAAACUACAGAAAUCUGUGAUUCGUCACUCAGCUAUGACAUUUGUUAACACUGAAUCUGUAAGCUUGAUGGAAUACCAGAACGUGGAGCUGCUGAAGCUAGGGGUGCUUGGCAUGCAGCAGGCGGCGGAGAUGUGGACCCCUGAAGUAGUUCAGAGUGAGGCCAUCAUGCGCUACCUGCCAGCGCAGACGUUCAUUGCCACAGUAGAACUGGCACCUUGGAAGAAAAGAAUGGAUCAGCUUCAAGCAGACGAGAAGGAAGUGGCAGAAGAAACAUCUGAGCAUCCUCAAAGUGGUGAUUUCGCAAAGAUAGAAAAUGGAGAAGAUAUUAGGUAUGCUCUCGCAGCAGAGAUGUUUCAGAGGAUGGUAAGAUUCGAUGAUUCUCCACCAUCUAUUUCGGCACAGCGCUACUCAUCCAGUGCAGUCUCGAUACAUGUGUCCACUGUCAUCACGUGUCCAGUGAUAUUUGCAGUUGAAAGCAGACAAGAUGAGAAGAAUGCAGAGGAGUCGGGAUUACAAGAAACUAGAGAAGAAGACAUCAGCAUGCAGGUGGAAGAUGACGAACAGAAGAUCAAGAUUGUAGCUGAAACAGGUGAGAAAAUCUUUAAUAGAGGUUCACAGUUAGACGAGUUUGAAGAAUCAACACAUGUUGUGGGAGAAGACAAGAAUGUUUCACAACAAAGUUAUCAGACUGAUAUUAUAUCAAGAGAAAUGUCUGUUUCUGUGAGACAAGACAUUGCUCUCUUCGAAAGACAAGAAGAAGCAUUUGUUACAAAACUACAAGAAGAAGAUUUAAAGACUGAAGGUUACACUGGACAAGAUAUUUUUAACGUUGAAGAUAAUGUUCAUGUAGGCAAACACAUUUCGGAAUCUGAAAGUGAAACUAAGGACAUUUGUGAUUUGGAUUUACGAAAGGAAAGCAUCAUGUCUGAAACACAAGAAAGAAUUUCAGUAAUUGAACAGACAGGGUAUUACAUUGAAAUACCAAGUGACUCAAUACAACCUGUCGCAGAAAAUAUACAGGAAAUUGUUCAAGAUGAAAGUGAAGCACAAGAGGUUCUGUAUGAAAGAGAUGAGGAUACUUCAGUCGUUGAAGUACAAGAUAUAGUGACCUCUGAACUACAGCAAGAAACACAAGGCAUUGGAGAUGCACAACAGAUACACAGUUCGACCAAAGAAACAUUUGAAUAUGAGCUUAAGGGACAAGAAGUUGCCAUGCUGUCUGAACCUCAAGUAGAAUAUACUUCUGAGACACAUGAUGAAACUUCAAUAACAGAAGCAGAUAUUGAAGAAGCAAUUUCUGCAAUGAAAGGAAGAAUGGAAGAAAUUGGUGAGACUGAAACAGAAGAAAUUGCUGUGGCUGAAACAGCAGAACAGAUUGCUGUGACUGAAACAGCAGAAACAAUUUGUAUGACUGACACAACAGAACACAUUUCUGUGACUGAAACAUUAGAAGAAAUUAAUGUGACUGAAACAGAAAAAAGUACUCUGACUGAAACAGAAGAUAUUGCUCUGUCUGAAAGAGUAGAAGAAAUCGCUGUGACAGAAACUACUGAAAAAACUGAUGUGGCUGAAACACAAAAAGAAAGAUAUAUGUCCAAAACACCAGACGAAAUAUUCUCUGAUGAACAAGACGUAAUUGAGAUAUCUGAAGGACAAGAAGCCAUGUCUGUCACUAAAACACAGGAAGGCAUUGCUAUAUCUGAAACACGGCAAGACAUUACUAUCUCUGAAACACAGGAAGACUUUGAUAUCUCUGAAACACAGGAAGACAUUGCUAUCUCUGAAACACAAGAAGACAUUGCUAUCUCUGAAACACAGGAAGACUUUGAUAUCACUGAAACACAGGAAGACAUUGCUAUCUCUGAAACACAGGAAGACAUUGCUAUUUCUGAAACACAGGAAGAUAUUUUUAUCUCUGAAACACAGGAAGAUAUUGCUAUCUCUGAAACACAGGAAGACAUUGCUAUCUCUGAAACACAGGAAGAUAUUGUUAUCUCUGAAACACAGGAAGAUAUUGCUAUCUCUGAAACACAGGAAGAUAUUGCUAUCUCUGAAAAACAACAAGACCUUGCUAUAUCUGAAACACAACAAGACAUUGCUAUCUUUGAAACACAGGAAGACAUUGCUAUCUCUGAAACACAAGAAGACAUUGCUGUCUCUGAAACACAAGAAGACAUUGCUAUCUCUGAAACACAAGAAGAGAUUGCUAUAACUGAAGCAGAUAUUGAAGCAGCAAUUUCCGAAAUGGAAGAUGGUGUGUUGCCCAAAGACACACUGCAAUAUGAGUUAGGAAGCGAAGAAGAUACUACUAUCUCUGUAACAAAAGAAGACAUUCCUAUCUCUGAAAUACAGGAAGCGAAAGAGGUCUCUGAAACAACAGAGGAUAUUGCACUUACUGAGACACCAGAAGGGACACAAGAAGAAAGAUAUAUGUCCGAAACACCAGACGAAAUAGCUGUCUGUGAAGAACAAGAAGUCACUGUGUUGUCUGAAGAACAGGAAGUCACUGCAAUCUCUCAAAAACAAGAAGACAUUGUUAUCUCUGAAACACAAGAAGAAAUUAUGUGUGAAACACAAGAAGAAAUUGCUAUCUCUGAAACACUAGAAGACAUUACUAUCUCUGAAACAUCAGAAGAAAGUGGUAUGUAUGAACAGAGAGAAGAAACUGCAGCGACUGAAACGCCAGAAGAAACACAGGAAACACUAAAAGAAAAAGCUGUGUCUCAAGAACAAGACACCAUAAUUAUCUCUGAAACACAGGAAGACAUUGCUAUCUCUGAAACACCACAAGAAAUUGCUGUGACUGAACAACUAGAAGAAAUGUCUGUGACUGAAACAAAAGAAGAAAUUGCUGUGACUGAAAUGCCAGAAGAAAUUGUUUUCUCUGAAACACAAGAAGAAAUUGCUGUCUCUGAAACACCAGAAGAAAUUGCACUGAAAAACAAGAAGAAAUUGCUGUCUCUGAAAUGUCAAGAAGACAUUGCAAUCUCUGAAACACAAGAAGAAAUAGCUAUCUCUGAAACACAAGAAGAAGUUGCUAUCUCUGAAAACAAGAAGAAAUUCCAGUCUCUGAAACACAAGAAGAAAUUGCUAUAUGCCAUUUUAAUCUCUGAAACACAAGAAGAUAUUGCUAUCUCUGAAACACAAGAAGAAGUUGCUAUCUCUGAAACACAAGAAGAAAUUGCUAUCUCUGAAACACAAGAAGACAUUGCAAUCUCUGAAACACAAGAAGAAAUUGCUAUCUCUGAAACACAAGAAGACAUUGCAAUCUCUGAAACACAAGAAGACAUUGCUAUCUCUGAAACACAAGAAGAAGUUGCUAUCUCUGAAGAACAAGAGGACAUUGCGAUCUCAGAAACACCAGAAGAAAUAGCUGUCUCUGAAGAACCAGAGGCCAUUGCAAUCUCUGAAACACAAGAAGAAAUAGCUAUCUCUGAAGAACCAGAGGACAUUGCGAUCUCAGAAACACCAGAAGAAAUAGCUGUCUCUGAAGAACCAGAGGUCAUUGCGAUCUCAGAAACACAAGAAGAAAUAGCUGUCUCUGAAGAACCAGAGGCCAUUGCGAUCUCAGACACACCAGACGAAAUACCUGUAUCUGAAGAACCGGAGGUCAUUGCGAUCUCUGAAGAACAAGAAGAAAUAGCUGUCUCUGCAGAACCAGAGGCCAUUGCGAUCUCAGAAACACCAGAAGAAAUAGCUGUCUCUGAAGAACCGGAGGCCAUUGCGAUCUCAGACACACCAGACGAAAUAGCUAAACAAGAAGAAAUAGCUGUCUCUGAAGAACCAGAGGCCAUUGCGAUCUCAGAAACACCAGAAGAAAUAGCUGUCUCUGAAGAACCAGAGGCCAUUGCGAUCUCAGACACACCAGACGAAAUACCUGUAUCUGAAGAACCGGAGGUCAUUGCGAUCUCUGAAGAACAAGAAGAAAUAGCUGUCUCUGCAGAACCAGAGGCCAUUGCGAUCUCAGAAACACCAGAAGAAAUAGCUGUAUCUGAAGAACCGGAGGCCAUUGCGAUCUCAGACACACCAGACGAAAUAGCUGUAUCUGAAGAACCGGAGGUCAUUGCGAUCUCUGUAGAACAAGAAGAAAUAGCUGUCUCUGCAGAACCAGAGGCCAUUGCGAUCUCAAAAACACCAGAAGAAAUAGCUGUCUCUGAAGAACCAGAGGCCAUUGCGAUCUCAGACACACCAGACGAAAUAGCUGUAUCUGAAGAACCGGAGGUCAUUGCGAUCUCUGAAGAACAAGAAGAAAUAGCUGUCUCUGCAGAACCAGAGGCCAUUGCGAUCUCAGAAACACCAGAAGAAAUAGCUGUCUCUGAAGAACCAGAGGCCAUUGCGAUCUCAGAAACACCAGAAGAAAUAGCUGUCUCUGAAGAACCAGAGGCCAUUGCGAUCUCAGAAACACCAGAAGAAAUAGCUAUCUCUGAGAACCAGAGGCCAUUGCGAUCUCAGAAACACCAGAAGAAAUAG